GAAAAAAUUACGUUUAAGCCGAGAGAGCUUUGGUCAAGGGCCACGUUUAUCCAGAACCCUGUGCUCUUUCUGCCUAAGAGGCUUACCUAAUCCCGCGUGCAGCGUCCAGCCUCUUGGCAAAAUCAAAAUCUGGACGGACUGUUGUGAUAUGAAACAGGAAUAACGCGUGUAACAGGGAGGGGGUGGGGGAGCAACUUCUAUCCACCCUCACCGACCGACGGCACGAUAUUCACUGUAAGGCAACGUUUUACUACAGGAGUUAGAUGCGGCGCGAGGCAAGUUGUGGGCGAUCAUAGCCGAACCCCCGGUGCAGCGCAGCGCCGGGGAGCAGCCCUUUCCUCUCGGUUUUAUGAACCUUUUUAUGCACGCUUACCCGAGAAGACCGAUGGCUAAGAUUAGGGUCUCGUACGAGUACUCGGAGGCGGAGGACAAGAGCAUCAGGCUCGGACUGUUCCUGAUCGCGUGCGGCAUCCUGUCGCUCUUCAUCCUUUGCUUCUGCUGGCUGAGCCCCACCUUGCAGAGCAUGCGGAGCAAGCCGGCCAACUGCACGGUGAUCUCCGUGAGCUGUCUUGAGGAGCGCUUCGAGUGCGUGUUCACGUGCGGCGCCGACUGCAAGGGCACGUCGCUCUAUCCGUGCCUGCAGAUCUUUGUCAACAACUCCGAGUCCAACUCGGUCGCGCUGCUGCACUACGAUGAGCAACAGCUGGUGCUCAACCCCAAGUGUUCCUACGUUCCCAAAUGUGAGCGAGAUAACCAGAAGAUGCAACAAGACAUUCAAAGGCUAGAACAUUACUGGAGUAAAGAGGGUAAAAAUCAGUCAUUUACCUGCUUCUUCAACCCCCAGAGGAGGCCAGAUGAUGUGCUGUGGCAGCGUUCCCAUGAUGCUAGUGUGCUCCUCCACUGUGUGCUGUGGCCAAUGGUUAGUCUGUUGGUGGGAACACUCAUUGUGGUUCUCACGGUCUGUGCUCGUUCUCUGGCCGUCCGAGCCGAAGCUAUCCAGAAGCGGAAGUUCUCCUAAGAAUCAGCACAGACUGAAGGACUUUUACACACACAUCGACUUCCAUUUGGCUUCUGAGGUGCACCUUCUCAUGGCUCUCGCUUCCUGCAAUGCUGUGGAGCUGUGAUUGCCGAACGCGGGGCAUUUUGUAUGUUGGACUUAAACCCAGGAAGCAUGGUGAGUGAUGGUGACAUGUAGCCUUGGUAAAUCUUAAUUACUGGGCCUAGUCGAGGACAAUCUCGUAAACUUUUCCUAGGACUAGAAGCACACAUGCAAAUGCUUGUCGGUUUACUUUGUCUUUGAUUUGUGCCUCAUCACCUGGUUUGAUUUUGCUGGAGUUCAUCCAACAAAAUAAAAAAUGCUGUUUUUAAAUGAUAUUUGUGGUUAUAUCUAUUAAGGCCAUAGAAAAACUUAGUAUAAACAGCAGCUUCACUGUCUCUUCUGUCUCAGUUGCUGAUAGUGUCCUGGUAUUUCGUUUUCAUUCCGCUUUGGUGUUUGUGUGCUAGCUUCUUUUCCUUUUCACCUCUGUGAUGUGCCAUUUAUGUCACUGUAGUACUUAUUGCAAGCAAUCAGUGGCAUGGUGGGAUGCUUUACGUAGCAUUUGCUAAUGUAGCAAGAAAUAUUUUGUGUACUGAGCAGCUAUGUUUUUGGGCACCUUCCUCUACCUCAUUCAUGUUUCAUGCAUGGCCAAACAUGUCAUUAAAAAUCUCUAAACUCAACUAUGUUAUGAACUCAAGCGAGUGUAAUACCAUUUUCUUGUAGUAGCCAAUGGUCUACCUUAUAUUCUAGCCAUAGUGCGAGGCUUCUUAAAAGCUAGACACAGGAUAUGUAUGAGCAAUAUUGUGAUUUAUUACUUUUUUGUGGGGGGGGGAUUUUUACAAAGUUGUUUUUACAAUUGCUUGAACACAAGACACUCCAUAGUGUUCCAUACCUCUAAAUACAAAUCUCAAGACUGUAGACCAGUUUCAUCAAUGUCUGUCAAAAUCAAACCCAACUUUUUCAAAGAAAGCCAAUGGAGUGGCACAAUGGUGAUAUGGUAUAUAUAUUUAAAGCGCACUAGUUUUAUUAGCGUUGGCUCCAGUUUAGAUAUUUUUUUUCCAUUAUACAUUACCUUUGAGUAGAUAUAUUUGUACUACAGCAUUGUAGACUUUCCAGCCAUAAGCUACCACUCCUGUAACCUGCAGUUGCCUUUAGCUGUCUUACAGUUACUAUACACGUAUCUUAAAUGUAUAUGUGCAUCCAACAUUGUAUGUAACCUAAAUGUGCAAAAAUCUUCUCUUCUCUGCUCUUCU